UGCUAUGUUCCGUCUCUAUGGCAGCACUCCGGAAAUGAAGAGGCUGUUUUUAUGUGGAUGCGGGGGGCAGGUGUGCGUCACAGAUGCAGAUACAGUUACAGAGGUGCCGCGAUCACUCGAGUCACUCUGAAAUCAGAUAUCAUUAAACAUGUCUAUUUCGACAUUUCAGAAGCUCACUCUAGUGUCAUGCGUGGUGCUGUGCGUCGCGCUUCUGCUGCCUAAAAUGCUUUUAUCGCGAGGGAAGAGGGACACCCCGCACUCCGAAGGGCCCGCAGGUCAUUUUCCUCCCAUGCCUCAAAGACCGCCUGUAUCUGAGGAGCAGCGGCACUCUGGACGCCACUUCUCCAAAGCCCACAACCCUGAAGCCAUCGCCCGGGCCAAAGGAGCCGGCACUGGCCCCAGCACUGGAGGGAAGUCCAACCUCGCAGGGCAGAUCAUUCCCAUCUACGGCUUCGGGAUCUUACUGUACAUCCUUUACAUUCUGUUCAAGAUCACGUCCAAAGGCAAAACAGCGAAACCUCCAAAGAGCCGAUUCACUGCUGUCAGAUCAGAAAACAUGAAGAGGAAAAUAACUGAUUUUGAGUUGGCUCAGCUGCAGGACAGACUGAACGAGACGAAGGAUGUGAUCGAGAGAAUCAUUUCUGCAGCCAGCGCUAGCUCAGACAGUCUUGGAGGAGCGGUGGCCGUGGAUGAGGAGCAGCAGUUACUGUACCAGCUGCAGGAGAUCACGCGCGUCAUGCAGGAGGGCCAGUUCGUGGACACAGUCCCAGCAAACACUGACAACUCCUGCGGCCGCGAGUGGGACGGUCUUCCUGAGAAUGGCGGGAAAGAGCCGGAUGAGCGUUUCUGUCGUGUUCAUUCGCCUCACGUGAGCUCAAAUGCACAGAUGAGAGAUGAGACGAGUGCGGAGAUGAACCGUCCUGAUGAAGAGCCUGUCAGCGAGCAUGACGAGAAGACAGAUGGCAACAGAAACACAAAGAUAGAGGACAUUUCUUUGCAUAACUUCACCAGCCAAUCACAACCAGAGACAGACACUCUAACAGGAAGUGACAUCACAUCCGGCCCAGUGUCAGAACACAGCAUCAUCAGGCGGAGAAACAAACUAUAAACCACCUAAAUAAUAAAAAUGCAUUGCUUUAUUGAAGAUUAGUUUGCUGCAUGGGCGUCUUUCACCUUAUAUUGAGCGCUAAAUGUUUUCAACUGUCUCUCAGUGGACGAUGUUUGUUAGACACACAGGAAAGAGCAGCUGUGUCAACAUAUCACACAUGAGCCCUACAGCUCUAAACUGAUGAGUACUGAUGAUCAAUAUCCUCUCUAUUGUACAGGUACCUCAGCCUGUGUUCAUAAUGUAAACAAUAUGCAAACAGGGUUCUUGUGUUCAG